AAUUGUCAUCCUGUGGUAGCCUCCUACUCCACAUCUUUCCUCGAUCUGCUGGCUGCUUCCUUGCUCGCUGUCACCGCAGACUUUUCUUCGUCUUCCUCCUCGGUCCAGCUUCUUGCUCUGGAUCCGCGUCUCGGAAGAAAAACCCCACCGAGUGAUGCUGAUCGAUCAGCUUGUGAUUUGCGACGAGGAGUAGAUGGAGAGACGAGGAAGCUUCGGCCCGUUCUGAGGACAUUAGGAGGCGUCGAGCUCCUCGGCGACGAUGCAGAGCGAGCAGGUGAAGAUGCGGUUCGGGCGGUGCCCCUACUGCCGCGCCAUGAUCUACCAGGACCCCAGCGCCGUCAUCUACUACUGCAGCAAGUGCCGCACGCCCAUCCGGGGCAAGAACCCGGAGCCGGCCGACGACACCGACUACGCGCUCGCGCAGCUCGAGAUCCUCUCCUUCGACACCAUGUCCACCUUCUCCGACGACACGGACCUCACCAGCUCCACCGCCGAGCUCGACCUGACGACCAGCACCCGGGACAACGGGGUCGCCGCCUCCUCAUCCUCCGCGUACAGGCCUUACAGGAGCGCGAUCAGAACCGGUCCGAGGAGCGGCGAUCUUGACAGGUACGGCGAACCCGCUGAGGCUCGGGGAACCGGAUCGUCCCCGAUGCACAGCCGCGUCAGCGAGCUCCGGCCGGCCUCGCGGAGGACCAGGCGGCCCGCCAGCGCCGACCUCGACGACCACGGAUCCGGCGGCGACUUCGACGUGCCGAGGACCAAGUCGGCAUCGUGCUACGGGCGCCGGGCGUCCCCGCUCAGCUCGCAGGAACUCGACGCUGCGGUGAUGGGUUUGCCAGGCGAUGCGCGCGGAAACGGACCGGCCUCCGCCGCCGCCGCCGCUGCUGCUGCCGCCAGAUCGCCGCUGGGCGACCCCGCGUUCCAGCAGGACCUCCUGCAGGCGCUGGAGAGCCUCCGCAAGCUCAUCGUCGCCGUCGAGGAGCCUCUCAGGGUCGACGCGCCCCGGCUCGACCUCGCCGCGGGCGCGCCUCCUCCCAAGACCGCGCCUUACAGCAACGGCGCCCCGCAGAAGGUCACGCGGCGCGACUCCCGCAUCCUGCGCCGCCUCGAGUCGCAGCUCGCGCACGCGUUGCCCGAGGAGGACAAGGUCCGGCGCCACGACAAGGCCGCCAGCUCCCCUUCAUUAAUGCCGUCGGCAUCGGCGUCAUCAGCAUCGAGCAGCCGGCGCGGGGCGUCGUCGAGGCAGCUGAUCUGCCGCCCGAUCCUGGGCGGCACGCCGUUCGUCGCCUGCGACAAGUGCGAGGAGAUGCUGCAGCUGCCGGCGGCGCUGUCCGUGGACAGGCUCGCCAGGCUGCAGUGCGGCGGCUGCGGAGAAACGCUCGCGGUGACGCUGCCGGCGAGGCGCGCUGGCAGCUCGACGGACCGGCCGAGGAAGAUAUUUUCCGCGCCGCAGCCAACUGGUUUUGGCGCCGACGAUGCGGACGAGCAGCACACGCGCGCGGCUGCGAGGAGCCGCCUGAGCGGCGAGCAGCUGCGGCAGGGGCCCGUCGAAGGGCCGCUCCACCGCAUGCUCGGGUACAGCUCGGUUAGCUCGGUUCUCCGGAGCCGGCGGUACGACGAGGACAUCUGAGCCUUUCUCCUUCUCAUGGCGCGGAAAGACGCAAUUGAAUUUGUGAAGAUUCACAAUCAUUCUUCAUUUUUUAUUGUGUACGAAAUGUGAUUUUUUGGGGUUUUGCUGGAGAUGAAUACCUAUUUCAUUCAUCAAAAUGCUGUACAUUGCCUAUUUUAUUUAGUGUACAAACAAAGAUGAAC